GAGGAUCCAUUGCUGACAUUUUACAAAUAACAGUGAAAUUUCAGUUGGCAAUGAAUAAAAACAACAACAUGCAGUUGGAUUUACUGAGAUCUACAGAGGCAUGUGUAUGAUAAGUGAUGCAGUUCAAUCCCAAGAGACAAAUAAAAACCACAUGUUCCUCUGGGUUGACCUAUUUGUUUCCUAAAGGCUCAGGAAUUUUCUUAAUGUGAAUGUCAAACUUAUAAUAUUGUUUAUAGAGUAAAGUGAGAACAUUUCUCAACCAGCUACUUACAGUGUGUGCAAAAUUACUGUGUUUCCCAGAAUAAGAAAAAAUCCAUACCAGCCUCAUAUUUCAACUACAAUCAUGGAAAAGUUUGUUUUCAAGAGGAACAGAAGUAAGACGUUAAUUUUUUGGCGACACCACUUUCCUCUUUCCUCUUCUGCGUUCUCUCCCUCUCUGGCUCUUCACACAUCUGGAAGGUAAUACGGCUGACCGUGUCUCUCCAGCGCUGCUGGUCUUAUGAUGCGUUUGGGCUGUUUUAGGAAGCUUUCAUACACUGGACUUUGGCUUUAACUCUGUUGGAUACUUUCAGAAGAAGCGGAGGUCACAAGUUACUAGCUGGAUCUGUAAAAACCAUUCAGAGUCAGACGAGGGUUUUCAGAUCUCGUUUGGCCCGAGUGAAAGCACUGAAGCCCGGAAGCGAUGGGUCAGCGGCGCAGCCUGCUGGAGCUGCUGUGUUUGGUUCUGCUGGGCUGGACUCUGGUUCGAGGUCAGGUGGAAACAACGGACCUAAAGCUGGAUGACGAGGAUGGAGAAGCGGAGGACCUACCCGUAAAAGUGAAAAAUGUGGAGCUGCAGAUAUCUUGUCCGGAGAAAUGCAGCUGCAGCGAGGAGGGAGCGGUGGACUGUAAUGGAGUCAGUCUCACUGAAUUCCCACAGGAUUUAUCCGAACAGACCCGUCAGCUGUCCCUGCAGAAUAACCAAAUCACUGAGGUCACGCUGGAGCAUCUGUCACGUCUUCAGCAGCUGGAGACCCUAAACCUACAGAACAACCGGCUCACGACACAAGGCCUUGACGAUGAAGGGUUUCAUAUUCUGGAAAGGCUGAGUUAUUUAUACUUGGCAAAUAAUAAGCUCACAGCAGCUCCCAGACACCUCCCUCCCUCUUUGGUCAGCGCUGAUUUUGCUGCUAACCAGCUCACUAAAAUCUACCCCAACACAUUCGGCCAGAAGCCGGCUCUGAAGUCAGUGUAUCUCCAUAACAACAAGCUAACAGAUGCCGGUCUGCCAGAGAGCAUGUUUAAUGGAUCAGACAACCUCGAGAUCCUCAUUAUGUCCAGUAAUUUCCUCCGUUAUGUCCCUAAGGGUCUGCCCACCGCCCUUUACCGCCUACACCUGAAGAACAACAAGCUGGAAAAGAUUCCCAUAGGUGCGUUCGAUAAUUUGUUCCAUCUUCGAGAACUUUACCUGCAAAACAACUUCCUGAGUAAUGACGGCAUGGACAACGAGACCUUCAGUCACUUGAACAGUCUGGAGUAUCUGGAUUUGUCCAAUAACAACCUGACCACGGUUCCUCUCGGGCUUCCUCGAAAUCUCAUCCUGCUUCACUUGGAGAAGAAUUCAAUCCAAAGCAUCACAGUGAAUGCAUUGACAUCCAUCCGAAAUCUGGAAUACCUGCUCCUCCACAACAACCAUCUCCGCUCCCGCUCCAUCCAUCCGGCCGCCUUCCUGGGUCUCAAACGUCUCCACACCGUCCACAUGUACAACAACCUUCUGGAGCGGGUUCCCCGCGGCCUUCCUCGCCGCGCCAAGACCCUCAUGCUGCUCCACAACCUCAUCAGCGAGAUCGGACGCAACGAUCUGAUCACUCUCUACACCCUGACGGAGCUCAACCUCAGCUACAACCGCCUCACAAGCGCCAAGCUCCACAGAGAGGCCUUCAGGAAGCUCCGCAUCCUGGAGACCUUGGAUCUGUCGGGAAACAAGCUGCAGACGCUGCCGUUGGGUCUUCCCAAGAGCCUCCAGGUUUUGAAGGUGAAGGACAAUCAGAUGACAGAGGUACCGGAAGGAGCUCUGAAGGGAAUGAGUUCACUGAGGGAGCUCUACCUGACCAACAACCAGCUGAAGCUGAACUCCAUCUACCAAGGAGCCUGGCAGGAGCUGAGUGCACUCAUGACGCUGGAUCUCUCCGGUAACAUGUUGUCACAUGUUCCUCCUGACCUGCCCGAGUCUCUUGAGUUCCUUCACCUGCAGAACAACAAAAUCAGCUCUGUUUCUGCCACAGCCUUCCUCAACACACCCAACAUCAAAGGGAUCUUCCUCAGAUUUAAUCGUCUCUCAGUUCAUUCGGUGGCUGAAGAGUCUUUUUCUCACCUGUCCAAGCUUCAGGUGUUGGACAUUGGCCACGGUAACAUCUCUCCCAACCGAGGCCAAGCCGGAGAGCAGGUGGAGGAGGAAGAGGAGGAGUUACCGUAUGAAGAAGAAGAGGCGAAACAUUCAUGAGUCACGGAUGGAAAAAAACAGUAAAAAAAAGAAAAAAUCGUGCCCUGAACUUUCCCUCACUCAAAAAUAAAAUAAAAAUGACAACCAGUUUGAGAUUAUAAAUGCUUUGUGGCUGCUGACAGAAAGUGAUUAUUUUCAAACGCAGUGUUUGAUUACAUCUGAGUGCAUUGGGAGAUAUUUUUAAACAUGAGAAAGAAAAAUACUAAUUGUGCUACUACUAAUGUCUGUCUACUAAUUUCAAAAAUUUUGCUUUAUAUUGUAAUAGGAUGCAAUUGUAAGAAAACCAAAGUCAUAUACAUUAGUAUCUGGUGCAGGAUGCCGGAAAAUUGUAUUGGUUGUCUUUUAUUUUUGUUUUUGUGGUGUUUGCUCAGUCAUGGCUCAUUGCUCAUUUUGUUUACAAGAGUAAACUCUUUUGUGCUAUGAAAUUAUAAUUUCUUUC